AAUAGGCAGUGUUAACUCGCCCGCCGAGGCAACAAUUCAAAAAGCGCGCGCGCCUAGGAAACAAAUUCGAAAGAGAGGGAGAGAGAGAGAGAUCUCUUACACUCGCUUCGCUUCGCUCGCCCGCCAGAAAAAGUUUUACCAAUCAAGUUUUUUAUUUCGCAAUAAAACAAGCACGGAAAAAAGAAACAAAACUUCAACCUAGUUAAAGUUAAUGUCGCUGUCGUGGUGACCGUUUCGUGAGUGUGCUGUGCAUGUGCUUGUGUUGAGUUGAUCGCUGCGUCGCAGAAGAAGAAGAUGUGCAAGCAGGAAAAACAAAAGAGAAAUUGAAUACAAUUAAAGUCCGCGUUGAGUGGCCAAUAUAGUGACCGAAUAAAGCUUUAUGUGUUUUUAAAAAUAUGAAUAAUAGUACCACCAAAAGUCGUGUUCCCCCGCCCUCGAAGAUCACCAACUGCAUACACAUACACACGAAAGCUGGGUGUUGGUGUUGAAAUCGAAAUUGAAAGUUGUUGUGGGUGAGAAGAUCAGCCAACGGAAUAGAACGCGUCGCGUGUGUGUAUCCCUCACACACAUUCAUACUCAACACUCACACUCUUGCAUUCUUUGCACAUCGGAGCUGCUGUGGCCAAAAGAGAUUGUGAAAGGGGAAAGCUCGACUUGGACGCACACAUGUGCAAAGGCCCACGACGCACAUACACACGAACUCCUUGUACUGAUCGAGGAGCAGCAUAUCCAUUGAAUCGUAGUUUAGUGCAAAGGAUUAAACAAUAUUCGACCAAUUGCUAAUGAAAGAGUUUCAGAGAAUGUUGAUGUUGCAAUACAGCAAGCAUGGCGAGUGCAUACUCAAGGAAAUCGGAGCAGCGUUCCGGGGAGAGCACCCGGCGGACCUCACAAUCGUCUGCGAGAACAAAGUGAAGCUGCAUGCCCACAAACUGGUGCUGGCCGCCGCCAGUCCCCUCAUAAGAAACCUGUUGGAGGACACUCACCUGAGCGACUGCUCGACCACCGUCUACUUUCCGGACGUCAAUGCCACCUACUUUAAAUUCCUGCUGGACUUUCUGUACUCCGGACAGACGUGCAUCACCUCGCGCGACGUGAACUACCUGCACGAUCUGCUGCUGCUGCUGCAGAUCAAGUCCGACAGCUGGAAGACCACGGACUCUGCCUAUCUGAACAGCAAGUGUGGGAGCAUACGCGAGAGAUCGCGGAAGCAGUACUCAUCCUCGCAGAACCUCGACCAGACACUCAAGUAUGAGGUCGACAGUGUGGACGAGUCUAGGAAUGCGGCCGACUUUUCCGCCUGCUCGGCUGAGCACUGUGAGAGUGCUCCCGAAUGCGGGAGCGGGGAGGUGGCCAAGGAGGAGGACGACGACUGCAUGCACAAGGACAACAAAAGCGACAAAGACACGGAUGAAAUCGUAAAUCUCUCCAACGCGCCACCGAGUGGCGUCAGCAGCCACAGCAAUCACAGCAACACCAACAGCAACAGCAGUAACAACAACAACAAUAAUAACAACAACAAUUCUGCUAUAAAUCCAGUAAACCUUUCACUUGACCUCCGGACGAAAAGCGAGAACUCGGCCCGCAGUGACGCCAGCAGAACCAUCGGCUCCGGAUCGGAUCACAGCGGCGGCAUCGACCUGGCAGUCAACGCGAGCGAAAGCACAAAGCGAAAGGGAUUGUUCUUCGAAUCCCACAAGGAUGUGCUGAAGCCGUUGUCCGAUGGGUCUGACAUUAACAGCUCGCCGGAGAACUACGUGGUUACGCCCCAUCGAAAAAGACGACCUGGCUUUCACAACACUCAGAGCGACAAUCAGCCAUUCACCUCGUAUCAACAUAACCUGCUGGAGGAACUGCGGCUGGUCAAGUCGACGACAUCGCCCAUAUCUGGAUUUGGCUCGGAAAAGAAUAUGCUCGCCCAUCUGGAGGAUGGGGCACUCAACGGGGACACCAUGACGCCGGACCGAAAGCUACUCGAAUCGCAGAGGAAUCGUGCACAGAGCCCGGACAUGCCCAUGCAUUUGGGGCCCCAGUUCGUGUACCAGUGGCAGUCGAAUCAGAAUGCUGCGAUUUCCGCAAUGCCCAAUCUGCAGUCGCGACUCUCUAGUCUGUCCCACAUGAAUCUGGGGCUGGACCCGGAGGGUCGCAGCAGCUCCGCCUCCGGUUCGAACAUAGCCAGCAGCAACCCACACUCGUCGUCGGUGCGGGAGUACCGCUGCGAGUACUGCGGCAAACAGUUUGGCAUGUCCUGGAACCUCAAGACCCAUCUGCGCGUCCACACGGGCGAGAAGCCCUUUGCCUGCCGCCUCUGCGUGGCCAUGUUCAAGCAGAAAGCCCACCUACUCAAGCACCUGUGUUCGGUGCAUCGGAACAUCAUAACCACCACCAAUGGCACGGAUACGGAGAAUCGCUACAGCUGUUGCUUCUGCUCGAUGUGCUUUGAGUCGGUUCAGGAGCUGGUACGGCAUCUCUCCGGCCACCACAACAACCUGCUGCUGACCAAGAAUCUUCGCGAAUAACCUAACCGAUCUUUGAGUUGGCCGCCAAGCCAAUCCAAUCCAAUACUUGCAAAGAGACCUGAAUUUUAUAUAUAUGUAUAUUGUAUACAAACAAACAAACAUACGGUAAACAGUAACAGUAACAAGUAACAGAUUUAAUUACUUAUUUGUAUAAAUACCAUAUGUAAAAUGUACAUUUAAAUCGUAAGCUUACACAACAACAACAUUCACGUGACUGCUUGACUGGAUUCACGAUCUUCACUAUACCGUAAGCAUUAACGGUACGGUAAAAACACACAGCCAGAGAUGUGGGCUGGGGCGGAUCCAAGCCCCGAUGAGGGAAAGAGAGAGAGAGCGGCCAAACAAUUUGUUGUCUCUUUUAAAAUUGUUUUUGACUUGCAAACAGAACCCCCUUGUCCGCUAUCCACUUUUUGUAAAACGGCUGGUCCAUCCAUAAAUGGAACACUUAAUUUCUAAGCAUAUUUGUAUACAAAUGGUAUUGUAAUUUCUAUUUUAUUUUCUACCCCCGUCGUCUUACAUGAAACUCCUCCAUUUACACCUUCCACCCUACCUACACAUACAAUAUUUGAAUAAUUUUUAUACACUCUUUCAUGUUAAGAUUUUACAUAUUCCCUCCUAAAAUCGCCAAUAAAGUGUGUAAAUAGUACAGUAAAAAUUCGCAAGAUCGUAAUAAAAUCAGAAAAGCAUUUCAGUUUUGUCUAUAUUUUACAAGCAAAUUUA